CUAUAAAUAACCUCCACUCACAGCUUCCCUUCCCUCCCCUUCUUCCUCAUUUUAACGACCUCUCAUCGUUCUCAUCCAUAAAUCACCCAAACCGGUCCGCCCUCUCUGUAAACGGGUUAACCCGUUAACGUGUCUCUCAAAAUGGAUCGACCCAGAUUCGUGAUCGAGUCCGCCGAAGCUGAACAAAUGGCCAAACAAUCGGGCCAAACCGUGCUCCAACUCCUCCCGUCGUUGGUCAAAUCCGCCCAGACCUUGGCUCGCCCGCCAAUCUCGAACUACCACGUCGGAGCAGUCGGAAUGGGACCGUCUGGUCGGAUCUUUUUCGGGGUCAACCUUGAAUUCCCGGGUCUUCCCCUCAACCAGUCCGUCCACGCCGAGCAAUUCCUCAUCACCAACCUUUCCCUCAAUGCGGAACCACGUCUUAGAUACCUGGCUGUUUCCGCCGCCCCUUGUGGCCAUUGCCGCCAAUUCCUCCAAGAGCUCCGUGGCGCCUCCGAUGUCAAGAUCCUCAUAACUUCUUCCGAAGACGAAAAAGAAAACAAAAUAAACAAUAAUUGUAAUGAUAAAGACCAAGAAUUUACUCCGUUGUCCCAUUUCUUACCUCAUAGGUUCGGCCCAGACGAUUUGCUAGAAAAAGACGUUCCUCUUCUCCUCGAGCCUCAUCGAAACGGCUUGUCCUUUUGCAACGAUUUGUGCAACGGCAAAAUCAACGGUGUCGAUGAUUUAAAACAUGCGGCUCUUGAUGCGGCCAAUAUGUCGCACGCGCCUUACAGCGGCUGUCCAUCUGGGAUGGCGUUGCUGGAUGUUGAAGGCAAUAUAUACAAAGGGUCUUACAUGGAAUCGGCAGCUUAUAAUCCGAGUUUGCCACCGGCUCAGGCGGCGCUCGUCGCUUACGUGGCUGGCGGUGGCGGAGGCGGGUACAAGAGGAUUGUUGGGGCAGUUCUUGUGGAGAAAGCGGAUGCUGUUAUUAAACAAGAACAUACUUCAAGGCUGCUUUUGCAGUGCAUUUCGCCAAAGUGUGAGUUCAAAGUGUUCCAUUGUACAAAAACUUGUUAAAAGAUUUCAGUUCUUAAUAAUAUAAGCUAUAUCUAAGCAUGAUAUGGAUUAUUGACGAAGAAGAAACGGAAUCGGUUUAGGAAACCAAGUCCAACCAUGAAAACGGAAUCAGCCAUUUAAUAAAAAGUUUUAAUCUUUUGUGAA